AUUUCCUUAUAUAGCACACAGGCAAUAUCAAGUUUGGCAGAAGAGUUAAAAUACUGCCUAUAGAUCCUAAGAUACUGUACCAAGAAACGAUUGAUGUGUCUUGUGAAUGGCUAUACUUCAGUCCAAACAGCAGCACGUUGUAGAAUUAAUAGGAGACAAGAUGAGAGAGUUCAAAUCUAGUUGAUUCUCCGCCGCUAGAUUUAAGUGAACACGGCAUAAGAGAUAGGUCCAGUAGGGUGACGUGAAUAUUCAUGCAUUUCCAAACAAGGAAGGCGGCUCGUGUCAGUCCCUGGGAGACCCUUGUUCAAGUCGGCCAAACCCCAGCUUGUUGUCUGCCAUGUGCUCCAGGACCAUGUCGUGAGGGAAUGGAGAAGCUGAGUGUAGCAUCAGGCAGGAGAGAAACUUGGCAAAUGGUAUAUAGAAGAUGGAAAUUCCCAUUCAGAGUCCUGUUUUGAUGGUCCAGGUCAGCCAUUUCGACUCUUGGCCAAAGUAGAGAGAAAAUUGUCCAUCAGAAUGUCUAUCCGGAAGAGCCUUGCCACCACAGGGUUGGCUUUGCUGAUGGCAACUACCAUUCCAGUAGUGAAUGGUAGUCCUAUCGAGCACCUUUUACACCUGGUGGCUCGAGAUCCUCCACAGGCGCUACCGGAGAAGGCUACGGCCAACGACAAGAAAUGGCAACCUGCAAUGGACUUCGAUACCGAUGGGUGCUAUAACACGCCGGCUAUCGAUGCGAACGGCAACAUAAAUCCAGGUCUCGACCAUGAUAACACUGGGUUGUCCGAGGACUGCCAUGACCCCUCAGACCUCGCCAACAACAAUGUGUACUCUCGAGCGCGGUGUAAUAAUGGAUGGUGCGCAUAUCUAUACGACUACUACUUCGAGAAGGACGUUGCCCUCGCCAACUUCCCCUUCGACCCCGGACACCGAAACGACUGGGAGCACGUCGUCGUCUUCGUCCAGAACGACGAGGCCAAAGUGGUAGCAGUGUCGCAACAUGGCGGCUACCAAGUCAAGAGCGCCAGCGACGUUCGAUGGGACGGCACACAUCCUAAAGUUGUGUACAACAAGGACGGGAUCAGCACGCACGACUUCCGAUUCGCGAAUGAGGGCGACGAUAAAAUCGAAAACGACACUGGAAAGUGGUUCUACGGCGCGUUGAUCUCAUACAACGGGUUUCCGAGCACCGCGCUUCGAGACAAGCUUGUAGCGUACGAUUUCGGCAGCGCUAACAUCGCGUUCAAGGACUCGAGUUUCUCGGGCCAAUUAGAAAAGGCUCGGGGCGACCUAGUACCGGGAUUUGAUAGUAAUGUAGAUGACGGUUCUCCUGGAAACCCGUAGAUGGUCAGGAUUCGCGGUAUACAAGAAGUUAUAUAGGUAAUAUUAUUCCAAUGUAAAAAUAGACUAAUUAUAAUCUACUCGUCAAGUCAAGUCAAGUCAAGUCAAACUAAAUAGGUAGUUUCCCGGUGAAUGGCGUGUUUGUCCUUGUUAGUCCCGCUACCGCACUCAUUCUACGGCAGCAGGGUGGAUUGGACCGGCUGUCUAGGCCUUGGAUCAUUCUCCCACGUUGAACGAUAAAAAAGAAGUUGACGCUCCCGCGCAUUGAGAGUCGCGAGAGGUAGGCAAUUUGUGGGUUAUAUAGGUAGGUAUAUAAUAAAAUCAACUGUGCUUGAAUGUCGAGAUAUAAUCGAUACGGGACACUUGUCUACCGAUCCCAUGGAGAUGCGACGAGAUAGAGCUCAUAACGAAUGAAUUAAUUCGAUAGCAGCUCUUACUGAUCCGUAGCCCAGAAAGAUUUCAAUUAUGAUAUCUUGGUUGUAUAUGAUCUUCAGAAUCUGAAAAUGCGACUUUGUUG